AUGACAGCGAUGGCAUGCAAGUGGAAUUCACUGUUCAGCGUUGGAGAGGAAUUCGAUGACGAGGAUUUGCUUGAAGCUGAUUGGACUGUGACCCCAAAGCCCUCCUCUGCUGCUGCUGCUGUCUCCUCUUCAGCUCUUCCAUCUGCUGGUCUUCGAGCACCAACUGCCCCUGGUUCCUCUAAUACGUUACGGGACUCGCUCAGCUCUGGUGACCCUCGGGGGAAGAACCAAGAACCAGGUGGCUCUGUCACACCUGACAAUGGCUCCAGUCGCAUUUCUAUUACGGGACUCAAGGCUCUCUCUAACCCUGCGCCUCCCUCUCUCUCCCCCUCCAUCUCCACUGCUCCCCCUCCUUGUCUGAGAGUACCUCUGGGAGGUUCAAAGGUCACCUCCUCAGUUGAACCUCAGCCGUCCGCCCGGCCGAAACCUGGUCUCCCGUUGGGCUUCCAUGGGAACGCCCUUCCUCAGGAUGACUUUGAUGACUGGGAUGUGGAUCUGGAGGACCUGGAUGAAAUGGUUCCUCAAGUCCCGCCUGGGCGGGCCCCGGUCACCGGCCCGUGGGGGUCUACAGACGACAACGGCGACGGUUCCCCAUCUAAGAGGAUGCGUGCGUCUGCCUGCGGCACGGGACUUCCGGCCGGUCCCAGUCUGAGAGGGACCAGCUCUGGAGCUCAAGCUCCAGCUCCCCCACAUCUUCAGACCCCUGCAUCUCUCCCUGGUCCUCCCCAGAGCCCCGGUUUUGCCAUCGGGGUUAGAGCGUCCGCCCCACCCUGUUUUACAAACCCUGUCACCCCCAGACCCGUCAGGCCACCGUCCAGUUGGCAAGGAGGACUACUGACCCCCCCUUCGUCAGUGAGACCCACGGGGGCUCUGUUUCAAGUGGUAUCCCCCGCCCCUUCUCCUGUUUUCACACCCCGCCCCCUCCACACACCUGUCUUGACCAAUCAUCUGGUUCAGCUGGUGUCUGCAGCCAAUAAGACGCCACAGAGGCCUCGAGGUGACGUGGGGAGAUCCAAAACCCGCCGUUUUCCCGGACCAGCAGGAGUACUGCCGCAACAGCCCAUUGGGAGGAGCUUGGAUGACGUCGUUGUCACCGUCCCACAGACGCCUGCUCACGGAGCUGUGGCCCGUCUACACAGUGAGGUCUCCAGCUCUCAGACGAGCGAGGAAGAGGAGGUAAGCAUGGCAGCGUGGCAGGCGAUGAAGGCAGAGAUGGGAUUGGACGAGAAGAAUCCCUCCUGUUUCCUGAACUCUUACAGCGUCGUCAUGGUACUCCGAAAGGCUGCUCUGAGGCAGUUGGUGAAAAAUAAGGUCCCCAACAUGGCCAUCAUACUGAAAAGUAUACUCCACACACACACAGAUGCCAAAGCAGUCUUCAGAGACCCCACAGGUGAAAUGCAGGGCACUGUUCAUCGGCGCCUCCUAGAGGACAGGCAAAGUGAGCUCAAGCCUGGAGCAGUUCUUCUUCUGAAACAGGUGGGUGUUUUUUCGCCAUCCCACCGGAAUCACUAUCUAAACGUCACACCAAACAACCUCCUCAAAAUUUACCCACCUGACGGAGUCUUCAAGACCUCCACAAAGCUAUCCCAGCAUGCACUGGAGCCUGUCAGCUCGCAGUGUGGAACCACCGGACCAGCAGAGGGCGCCGUCGUCUCUCAGAUGGAACUCCGCUUCGAGGAUGAUGACGAAGAGGAAAAGGACAGGGCAGAGAGUCAGGUCACCUUUAUCCCGGCUAACACGGCAUCUUGUGCCAAUAAAAUGCCCCAGAAAGACACAGGAAUAGGGGAUACUGCAUUUGAGGGCAUCGGUGACUCUGAGACAGUUCGUGCACUGACCGCUAGUGGGCGACACGAGUAUUUGUUAUGGGCGGAUCUCCUGCUGCGCACUUAUUGA